AUGGCGGUUCUGAUCUUUCUCUCUCUGUUGCUUCUCACGUAUGCGCGUGCAAUAGAGGUAGACCUAAGGUAUGCUCGCUAUCGUGGGUAUUCAACGUCCAAUGGCAUCUCCCAAUGGCUUGGAAUGCGCUAUGCCGCUGCGCCGACAGGUCGUUUACGAUUUGAAGCACCUCAUGACCCUCCUUCUGUUGAAGGAAUCCAAGAGGCCUUGAGUCAUAAACCACUUUGUGUACCGGUAGCCAGCAAGCGAAACACAGGAGUUCCACAUGGCACCGACGAAGAUUGUCUUUUCUUAGACAUAUAUGCCCCCACAGAUGCCGUGACCCAGCGUAAGAAGCUGCCGGUAUACUUUUUCAUACAAGGAGGAGGUUUUGCUGCACUGACCAACCCGAACUACAAUGGGACCGGACUGGUGCAAGCCUCGGGGUAUAAUAUGGUUGUCGUCACCUUCAAUUAUCGAGUAGGGCCUUUGGGAUUUCUUGCCUCACGAGAGAUCCAACUGGGUGCUAGUCUCAACAAUGGUCUGAAAGACCAACGAAAGGCACUUGAAUGGGUCAAGAAACAUAUCAGCAAGUUUGGUGGAGACCCCAAUCACGUUGUCAUCGGCGGGGAUAGUGCCGGCGGCGCCUCUGUGACUCUCCAGCUCUCCGCAUACGGUGGACGCGAUGAUGGACUGUUUGUAGCGGCAGCAGCAGAGUCCCAGAGCUUUGGCCCAGUAUUCACAGUAGCGGAGAGUCAGUUUGCGUACGACCGUCUUGUGGCCCAUACCGACUGCAGAAAAUAUACCAACACUCUUGACUGUCUCCGCUACAUGAAUAUCAACAAUCUGCAGAGCCAGAACGUCGUGUCGCCCGUACCGGGGGCCCCUCGGAACCCUUUAUAUCUCUACAACCCGACAAUUGACGGAGAUUUCCUCCAAGACCACACCUACACGCUUUUUGAGACGGGCAGAUUCAUCAAGGUGCCAGUGAUAUUUGGCGACGACACGAACGAGGGCACAAUAUUCGUACCCCGAAACACCACGAGCCCCGCCGAUGCAGACGCAUUCAUCAAAUCCCAGUUCCCAAGUGUCACCACCGCCCAGCUGUCUCGGAUCAACAGCAUGUAUCUCACGCCAGAUCAAGAGCGUGUGUUCCCGAAGUCAGGGCUGUAUUGGCGAGCAGGGAGUAAUGCCUACGGCGAAAUCCGCUACAUCUGCCCCGGCAUCCACAUGUCUUCUAUCUACGCCGCUGCAGGAGUACCGAGUUGGAACUACCACUUUGCGGUUGUGGACACCAUCGCGGCUGCAGAUGGGACAGGGACCUCGCAUACCAUUGAAGUAAAUGCGAUCUGGGGGCCGCAGUAUGUAAGCACGGCGCCGCCCUCGUCGUAUUUCACCAGCAAUGCGAAUAUUGUCCCGGUCAUGCAGGGGUACUGGACGAGUUUUGUCCGGUCGUUGAAUCCGAAUACCCACCGGGAUCCUUCUAGUCCGGAGUGGGUGACUUGGGGGCAGGGAGACGACGCCUUCAAACGCAUCUUUCUUCGAACAAACCAGACAAGGAUGGAGAGGGUGCCGGCGGAUCAGAAGGCUCGGUGUAAUUAUCUCAUCGGAAUUGGGCGUGAGUUGAAGCAGUAG